AUGUUAGCCGCCAUGCUCACUGCGAACGCGGUGCCUGUUGAUUCCUCUGCGUCGGACAUGAAUGGCGCCAGCCGCCCGGUUUGGAGAACACAGCUACGUAUUACAGUGACUUUGAAUGGGGGAGAGGAGGAGGCAGACGAGCAGCAAGAAGAGGAGGAAGAGGAGCAGCCAGAGGAGGAAGAGGAGCAGCAAGAGGAGGAAGAGGAGCAGCCAGAGGAGGAAGAGGAGCAGCCAGAGGAGGAAGAGGAGCAGCAAGAGGAGGAAGAGGAGCAGCAAGAAGAGGAAGAGGAGCAGCCAGAGGAGGAAGAGGAGCAGCCAGAGGAGGAAGAGGAGCAGCCAGAGGAGGAAGAGGAGCAGCCAGAGGAGGAAGAGGAGCAGCAAGAGGAGGAAGAGGAGCAGCCAGAGGAGGAAGAGGAGCAGCCAGAGGAGGAAGAGGAGCAGCCAGAGGAGGAAGAGGAGCAGCAAGAGGAGGAAGAGGAGCAGCAAGAGGAGGAAGAGGAGCAGCCAGAGGAGGAAGAGGAGCAGCAAGAGGAGGAAGAGGAGCAGCCAGAGGAGGAAGAGGAGCAGCCAGAGGAGGAAGAGGAGCAGCCAGAGGAGGAAGAGGAGCAGCAAGAGGAGAGGCCAGGCUAG